UCAUAUCUCUCAAGUAGCAUUUGGACAAUGAGCAGCAUCUGUAACAGGGUCUUUAGUGAGCUCCUCCUGGAGGGAAAGCUGUGCGACACUGUGAUCAGAGUCAAUGAUGUCGAGUUUAAAGUCCACAGGAUCAUCCUCUCCAGCUGCAGCUCAUACUUCAGAGAUCUCUUCUGCAGUAAAGUCUCAACAUCAGAGCAGCAGCUUUACAGCUUCCCCCAUGUGUCACCCAACAUAAUGAGCCUCAUCUUGGAAUACGCCUACACCCACUCUGUCGUGGUGACAGAGGAGAAUGUGUUGGAGCUGUUGGCGGGAGCAGACAUCUUUGCUGUCAAGGGCGUCAUGCAGGCCUGCUGCAACUUCCUUGAGGGGCAGCUUAGUUUCAAGAACUGUAUCGACAUUUGGAGGUUGGCAAACUGCCACAGCUGUUCUGACCUGAUGCAAAAGGCCUACCUCUACAUCCUGCAUCACUUUGAGGAGGUUGCAGGAUUAUCUGCAAAUUUCCUGCACCUUUCUGUGGAACAGCUGGCAGACUUUAUAGAGAAGGAUGAGCUCAGUGUGAGGCAGGAGAGUGCCGUGUUUGAGGCCAUCCUCCGAUGGAUCAACUAUGCUCCUGAGGAACGCAGGGGUCACCUGGUCACACUGCUGAGCAAGGUCCGUCUGUUGUUAAUGCCCACUGAGUACUUGGUCAGCACUGUGAGCACGAACACUCUGGUGAGGACAAGUCCACCUUGCCUGACAAUGAUGAUCAACACCAUGAGGACCUUGCGUGAGUCCAAUUUGGGGAGACCUCUGACCCAAACACGUCUGCCCUCUGCUGUGCUAUUGGCUGUUAGUGGUUUCGAGGAGGAUAAUCCAACCAGCAGGAUAGAGUUAUACAAUGUCCGAACUGAGUGCUGGAUGACAGUGAGCAACAGCAGAGAGGCUCAACGAGCAUUCCACAGUUGCGUUUUCCUCAAUGGAUUUAUCUAUUAUAUCGGAGGCUUUGACACUUUUGAAUAUAUAAGUAGUGUACAAAGACUCAACCUCAUCACGCAAACCUGGCAAGAGGUGGGGCCAAUGCACACAGCCCGAUGCAACGUCAGUGCGGUUGUGCUGAACGGCUGCAUCUAUGCCAUGGGAGGCUGUGACAGAUAUGAAAGACUCAACACUGCAGAGCGAUACGAGCCUGACACCAACCAGUGGACUUUAAUUGCUCGAAUGCAUGAGCGCAGGAGCGAUGCCAGUGCCACAACACUACAUGGCAAGGUGUACAUUUGUGGCGGUUUCAAGUGGGAUGAACCUUUGUCAAGUGCUGAGUGCUACAACCCUCAAACCAACCAGUGGACAGUGAUUGCCCCCAUGGAAAUCGGGCGUUACGCAGCGGGGGUCAUCGCCUACCAAGACCAAAUAUAUGUUGUUGGUGGAUACAAUGGCAUCAGGCACACAAACAGUGUCACAGCCUACAACCCACUAUCAAACUGCUGGCACAUGGUGACUCCCAUGAUUACCUCUCGCAGUAACUUUGGCAUUGGGGUGCUGGAGGACCAGCUUUAUGUGGCUGGAGGCUUUGACGGUCAUGGCGCCAUCUCUAAGGUGGAGCGCUAUGAUAUAAAGACGAAAAAGUGGUACACUGUCCAAGACAUGGAGGUUCCCCGUGUUGGUGUCAGCUGCUGUGUGGUGGACCGAAACCCCUAUGCUGCCGCUAUCUGUCAUAACUAGCAACUAUCACAUCAACUUUAUAUCAACUAUCCAAUAAAGUACUACAUUUUUACAUUCAAAAUUUAAUAAAUUCACUUCACGAGUGACUCUGAAACGAAUGUCAGUUGCACACUUGCUGUGCUUUUGAUGACACAUUGUGCUCAUGUCUGACUUCUGACCUUCCCAUUAAAUCUCUC